CUUCACCGGAAACAUAAGACGACGGUGGUGCACUUCCGGGUUAAGUGGUCGCUUGCAGCUCGUGAACGUAAAGUUUGUUGAUAGAAACGUAACAGUCAGCGGAGAUGGCGAGAAAUGCUGAGAAAGCCAUGACAGCUCUGGCUCGGUUCAGACAAGCUCAGCUGGAGGAAGGAAAAAUCAAGGAGAGAAGACCUUUCCUGGCGUCAGAAUGCAGUGAACUUCCAAAAGCUGAGAAAUGGAGACGACAGAUCAUCAGUGAAAUCUCUAAGAAAGUGGCUCAGAUUCAGAACGCUGGUCUGGGUGAGUUCAAGAUUCGGGACCUGAACGAUGAGAUCAAUAAGCUCCUCAGAGAAAAGGGUCACUGGGAAGUUCGAAUCAAAGAGCUUGGAGGACCCGACUAUGUGCGCUUUGGUCCCAGGAUGUUGGAUCACGAGGGGAAGGAAGUUCCAGGAAACAGAGGAUAUAAAUACUUUGGUGCAGCCAGAGAUUUACCCGGAGUCCGAGAGCUGUUUGAAAAAGAGCCUGCUCCCGCACCAAGGAGGACGAGGGCGGAGCUGAUGAAGGAAGUGGACGCAGAGUAUUACGGAUACAGAGACGAAGAUGACGGAGUCUUAGUUCCCUUGGAGACGCAGUACGAGAAACAAGAUGAAAGCAGGUUCACACUGGAGUCUGGAGACGGCGUGGAGAACGUUCUGCUGCCUGCAACAUCCUCCAGCAUGACCGGUUUGACAGUGGCUGUGGUGGACGCGGUUCAGAAGUGGAGAACCGAGAGAGAGUCUCGUCUUUGUGGAGACAAACAUCAGGAGGACGAGGACGAGGAAAACAUCUACUCUGUUCAUACUGAAGAGGCCGAUGAUGAGGAGAUGGGGGAGGGGCUAGAGGAAGAGGAGGGCGGAGUCACCUUCAUCUCACACGUACCUGUUCCCUCCCAGAAAGAGGUGGAGGAGGCUCUGGUCAGGAGGAAGAAGAUGGAAUUGUUACAACGUUACGCCAGUGAGACUCUUCAGGCUCAGAGUCAAGAGGCCAGAACCCUGCUGGGUCUCUGACCCACCUGUCUGUCUGUUGGUGUUGAUGUAAAUAUCUCAGUUUGUUUUUCUACAGAUUGUUUGUAAACAGACUCAGUUUUGUGGAAUAAAGUUUCUAACUGAA